AUGCAGCACAUUGAACAUGACAAGGCGCUUGGUUCAUUAACAUUAGAUGACUCUUUCUUCCCUACAGCCUCAAAGACGUGUGCCGGUUUCACCUGUGGCAGUGGCGAGUGUGUGCCGCUGUCCUUCGUGUGCGACCGGAAAGCCGACUGUGACGAUGGCAGUGAUGAGGCUUCCUGUCCAGCGCCCACCUGCAGCCCCGGCACCUUCCAGUGCAACGACACCAGCUGUGUGCCAGGGCUGUGGGUGUGCGACUUCGACGCUGACUGCCUGGACGGGUCAGACGAGUGGCCGCAGAACUGCCCUGGCACCAAGGCACCCUGCUCAGCACUGGAGUUCACUUGCAGCAAUGGCCAGUGCAUCCCUGGAGGAUGGAGAUGUGACGGCGACAAAGACUGCAUGGACGGCUCUGAUGAAGUCAACUGCAGUAAUGAUCAGAUAUCUCUCCUUUCAUCUCUGCAGUUCAUGAAGGAACAGAAGAAAAAAGGAGAAGACAGAUCAGAAUAGUCAAGUCAAUGUGUGGGCGUCCCCAGGCGCUGGGGGAGGUGGAGGUGGAGGCCCUCCAGAGGGUGUACGAGCCCGGGGAGGAGGC